AUGGCACCACGACCAGUUGGUGGUCUCGUGAGGCCCAUUGUCAGAUGUUCUACCUUUAAGUACAACACUAAAAUCAGGCUUGGACGUGGAUUCACACUGGAUGAGUUGAAGGCUGCAGGUGUCAACAAAAAAGUAACAAGCAACAUUAUCAUCUCCGUGGAUUACCGCAGACGAAGCAUGUCUAUUGAGUCCCUUCAGCAGGACGUACAGCGACUGAAGGAGUACAAGACCAAGCUGAUUAUCUUUCCACGCAAGGAGGGCAAACCUGGCAAGGUAGAUGCUUCAACUGAAGAAUUAAAGGUGGCCAAACAGCUGACUGGACCUACAGUGCUGCCACUAGAGAUCACGUUCAAACCCCAGAAGGCACGUGUACCUACUGAUGAUGAGCGUAACCACAACGCUUUUGUUUCCCUUCGACAGGCACGGAUCAACGCCAAGCUGAUUGGAUUGAGAGAAAAGAAGAAAAAGGAAGGGGAGGAGAAGGACAAGUAA